AUAUGAUGGCAAAAUAAUAAUCGCUUCUCCAGUUUUAACUGUGACCAAGUAACUUCCAAAUGACCACCCGCACAAAAAUUCAGCUUUGGUGUUCUGCUGAACAAGAAAUCGGUAGUUUUCUGCUUAAAAUGAUUUGGGAAGUUUAAGAUGAGCCCUUAGAAAGAAAACACUGUCUAUUGUUCUAAUAAACCGUUUUGGAUAGUGCAUUUCCGUUGUUUCUAGUAGGGGGCGCUGCAAUGGCUUUGGGCCUUCGGAUCUUUUUGUCUGAGAACUAGAUCCCGCUGCCGCUUUACAGUGUGUGCGAUUGCUUGGAACCGCGUCUGUAUCACACUGUCAGACCACUCUGAAACGAACACAACUGCAACCAAAACAAUUAAUUGACCAUCUAGUACAAUGACAAUUUUAGUUCGCCUUCAAAAUCGAUCCUAAUUCGAAUGUUUUUUUGAAGUUCCCGUAGGCUAAAUCGGCUUCUGUUUUCUGUGUGCAUAUCAGUCAUUAUUAGCAAGCUAGCCAUCGCUCGUUCUCUUAUUUCUUUAACUUUUUUUUAAACACUCGGCUUCGCGAAUGACUGCGCGCCGGCGGACUAUGGGAUCCUUGGUGUCUUAGGAAGCAUACGAGUGGGAUUUUAACUGGUUUUAACUAAUAAAAAAUGGCUAAUUCGACGGGGAAAAUUCAACCAGAUCAUCGAAGGAAAGGACUGGCUUUCCUGGACGAGCUGCGGCAGUUUCACCAAAGCAGAGGAUCACCGUUUAAGAAGAUCCCCUUCGUUGGUGGGAAAGAGCUUGAUCUUAAUGCUCUCUAUACCAGAGUCGUUUCUUUAGGCGGAUUUGCAAAGGUUUCAGAGAGGAAUCAAUGGUCCGAACUCGGUGAAGAUUUUAAUUUUCCCAAGAGUUGUUCCAACGCUGCCUUUGUUCUGAAACAGUACUACCUUCGCUAUUUAGAAAAGUAUGAAAAAGUCCACCACUUUGGAGAGGAUGAGGAGGAAGUACACCCAGGUAAUCCUAAACCAUCUCUUCCAAUCGGUGCGAUCCCCUGCUCCUACAACUACCAGCAACACACUGUAUCAGAUUACCUUCGCCAAAGCUAUGGUCUGUCAAUGGAAUUUUCUCCACCAUGUGACUACAACAAACUGGUGCUGUCUCUGCUGUCGGGCCUCCCAAAUGAGGUGGACUUCGCCAUCAAUGUGUGCACCCUCCUCUCCAAUGAGAGCAAGCACGUCAUGCAGCUGGAGAAGGACCCCAAACUUGUCACGCUACUGCUCGCUCAUGCUGGAGUCUUUGAGGACUCUUUGGGAAGUUUCUCUGCUGUUUUUGGGGUGGACUGGAAGGAGAAGACGUCCCGGGACUUUAUGAAGUUCUGGAAGGACAUUGUGGAAGAUCCAGAAGUAAGGGACCUCAUCUCAGACAAAAGCCACAGAUCACAAGAUGGAACAGCGAGGGAGGAAAGUGAGGUCUCCCUCUUCCACCCUCCUCGGAACAUGGGCAUCAGUGACAUCGAAGGGCAGCGGGUGCUCCAGAUUGGCGUUAUUUUGCGAAACCUUUCAUUUGAGGAAGCAAACGUCAAACUUUUGGCAGCUAACCGCACUUGUCUGAGAUUCCUUUUAUUAUGUGCUCACUGUCAGUUCAUUUCGCUACGGCAGCUGGGACUGGACACUCUUAGCAAUGUGGCAGGGGAGCUUCAGUUGGAUCCUGUUGAUUUUCGAACAACUCACCUCAUGUUUCACACCAUCACAAAAUGCUUAAUGUCGAAGGAUAGAUUUUUGAAAAUGAGGGCCAUGGAGAUAUUGGGAAACCUCUGCAAAGCUGAGGACAAUGGUGUUCUCGUCUGUGAGUACGUGGACCAGGAGUCGUACAGAGAGGUCAUCUGUCACUUGACUCUUCCCGAUGUCAUGCUUAUCAUCUCCUCCCUGGAGGUGUUAUAUCAGCUGGCUGAGCUGGGGGAGGUCACCUGCACAAAGAUUGCUUCUGUGGACAGGAGUAUAGAUUUGCUGGUGCGUCUGGUUUCGGUUGACCUCCACACUUUCGGACCAGACGCGCUGACUGCAGUCAAGUUGAUCGAGCAUCAGAACGCCAGCAGCCAGGUGGGGUCAGAGGUGCGACCACAGCUGGUGGAGCGGCUACCAACACAGAUGCAGGGGACACCACCUGCACCAGCACCGAGAAAUCCAGUUCAGUCUCCUCCUCCUGGAAUUGUGGAAAUUGAUGGAGAGAAGUUUGCAACUCAGUGGCUAAAUGCGCACUUUGAAGUUCAUAGUGACAGCUCUGUCUCCCGGUCAGAAAUGUACUCUGAGUACCUGUCCACCUGCAGCAGAAUGGCACGUGGCGGGAUUCUCACUUCCUCUGGAUUCUACAAGUGUUUAAGGAGCAUCUUCCCAAACCACACGGUAAAGCGAAUGGAGGAUUCAAAGACAAGUGGUCAGGCCCACAUCCAUGUGGUCGGAGUCAAAAGGAGGGCCAUCCCACUCCCCAUCCAGCUGUACUACCAGCCACUGCCUCCACCCACCCCUGUACCUCGUCAGGAGGCACCACAAGAACCUCCCCAGGCACCCUCUACAGGCUUGCCACAAUGCCCUCCAAGUUUGGGUGGCCUGUUCCAGCAGACAGCGGUCAGUAGCCUUACAGCCAAUCCAGCAGCCUCCCGGCUGGCCUUUCCUAUCCAAGGGGCCCCCAGCUCAUCUCAGACUGUUCCCAGGACACCCCUAACCCAGCAGCAGCUGUCCCAGGGUGCUGGCAAGCCAGGAGACAUCUCAAAACCUGUGAAAGUCCAGAGCUCCUCCUCUGCCUCUGUCCAAAACCAUACAGCCAUCCACCAGGCUGCGGUCAAUGUGGUGACUUCCCAGGGCCCGUUGCAGCAUCCUCCCAUUCUCACACCUGGGGGGGGCCCAGUUACUGUGUUUCAGCAGGGCCUUCCCCAAACUCACAUCCUGACAGGGCGCGUUACAAGUGUGGCCCCACCGGUUGCUGUCUCAGGACAGGCACAACCAGCCCCACAGCAGCCUGUCACCCAGGAGACGGUGGUACUGGCUCCUCCACAGUAUGUGGCUCACUCCACUCCCUGCUCCUCUCUGCAAAAUUUCCAAGUGGCCGGAGGCCAGGUGUUCACUAUUGCUGGCAUGCACAAUUCACAGAGCUCACGUGUCACCUUCCAAAACAUUGCUCCCAAACCUUCUCCGCCCCAGACUACCCUGGCAGCCCAAGCUGUGCAGCAGGGUGUGGUCAUCGUCAACUCCUCCCCCCAGCAGAGCCAAGCUUUCGCUCCAGCUCUCCAUCAGAUAGUACUGGCCAACACCUCCGCCAUCCCAGCCACUCAAGCCGUUCAGCUGGCUGGACAGUCGAGCAUGGCCACCUGUCCCCCACCGACACCCUGCACUUCACCUGGCGGUCCUAUGUCCCAGGUCCUGUCCACCCCCUCCAACCUACCCCAGGCCCCAGGCCCACCCCCCACAGUUAGCCAGAUGCUCUCUGUGAAACGCCAGCUGCAGCAGCACCCUGCAGCCCUAACACCUGGACAGCCUACCUCCACGGAGUCCAGCUUGAUCAAGCAGUUGCUGCUUCCAAAGCGGGGCCCUUCUACACCAGGAGGGAAGCUCAUCCUUCCCGCUCCGCAAAUCCCACCGCCCAACCACGCACGAGCCUCUAGUCCCCAUAUGGUUUACCAGGUGGCCAACAGCUCCAGUCCCAGUUUUGGAGUACAAGGCACGCCACAGACCCCCCAGGUCCUGGUGGGCCAACAGAAUGUGCAGCUAGUGCAGAGCCCCAUGCAGUCGCAUGGCGCAGUGCAUACCGUCCCUAUCUCAAACCUGCAAAUCCUGCCUGGUCCACUCAUCUCUUCCAGCAGCCCAGCCGCCAUUAUCCAAGGUACCCCCGGCAGCCAGAUGACUUUUACAGUUGUCCCCAAUACUGGGUUUGCUGCUGCCACUGUCAGCCAGUGCGGUGCAUCGCAGAACAUCGGCACUGAGGGUGCGGUGACACCAGCACAAAUGGCAGUCCCAAGCCCGCCUCUGGCCACCUCCCCAGCCCCCACACCUCCUUUCAAGGGGGACAAGAUAAUCUGCCAAAAGGAGGAGGAGGCUAAGGAUGCCACGGGGCUACACAUACACGAGCGCAAGAUCCAGGUGAUGGAGAACUCCCUUGCCGAGGGAGCUGUCAAAACAAGCAAUGGGGACUCAGCAGAGAUUGGGGCCCCCACCACCAGGCUGUUAAAUGGGAAGAAGUGUGCUGACUCCAGUCUACCUCCUUUCAACUCAGGGAAAAGCCAGGUGGAAGUUGGCCCGUGUUUUCAGAUCUCGAAUGGGCCCUUGUCUGAAGCAAAUGGGGUUCAGGGGGCAGGGCAGCCAGAUAUGGUGGAGUCCAAGGGUGACCCCAAGCGGUUUCUGGUGAAUGGGCUCUGUGACUUCGAAAGAGGGGAUGGUCCUCAUCUACACAAAAACAUUCCAAAUCACAAGGCUUCCAAACACUUGGGUAAUGGGGAAAUCCCUUCCCCGAAAUGGCAAGAGAGCCUAGACCCUCCUAAGCAAGACACUGCCAAAGCCAACCAAUUGGAGCGAAUGUCCAAUGGGCCUCUGGUGGCCUGUAACUCCAUGUCCAUUAUGAACGUGCAAGCGGAGGUGGCGCCCUCCCCCUGCGUGAAGAGCACCAGCAAUAGCGCCGAGGUCUCCAAUGGCCCCCUGCGGCCGAACCAGCAGCAGUACCAGGACCCUGUAUUCACAACCACCACAAUCCCCCACACCCCUUCUGCUGCCACAACAGACACUCUGCCCUCUAAUGGCACCGGGAACGAAAGCAGGGCUGCCAAGAGGCUGGCGCAGGAUUCAGACAGAACGGCCGUCUCUGGGAUACCCAGCAAAGUCGGGGUACGGAUAGUGACCAUCAGUGACCCCAACAAUGCAGGAAGCAGUGCCACAAUGGUGGCAGUUCCCGCGGGCGCUGACCCCAGCACAGUAGCGAAAGUAGCAAUAGAAAACACUGUGCAACAGAAGCAGCACCCAUCACCAUUUGUGCUGCCAGUUGUCGCUCAGCCACCAUCGAUACCAUCACCUUCCCCCCCACCCAAGACCACCAGUGAGACAUCCAUCCCCACACCCCCCCUGGUUGUAUCCCAAGCACCUGAGAGCCCCCUGGAGCAGGACAGGAAGCCUGGCCACAACUUCAAGUGUUUGUGGCAGUCCUGUAAACGAUGGUUUGAGACCCCAUCUCAGGUGUUUUACCAUGCGGCCACCCAGCAUGGAGGCAAGGACGUGUACCCUGGGCAGUGCCUGUGGACGGGAUGUGAACCGUUCCCACGCCAGAGACUGUCCUUCAUCACCCAUCUGCAGGAUAAACACUGUUCACGGGAUGCCCUGCUGGCUGGAUUAAAACUUGAGGAGCAGUCACAAAGGAGCAAUCUGAAAACACUCAGACCCCAGCCUGAGGCAAGUGUCCCCUCCACUCCAAGAGCACAAAAAGCUCUGGUCAAUCACCCCAGUGCUGCCCUCAUGGCCCUGAGGAGGGGAUCCCGAAACCUGGUGUUCAGGGACUUCUCUGAUGAGAAAGAGGGACCAAUAACCAAACAUGUCAGAUUGACAGCUGCCUUAACCUUGAAGAACAUCGCAAAAUAUUCAGACUGUGGCAGAAAGAGAUGCUUUUGUUCUUCCAUCAUUGCACACAUUGAAUGAGGCCCAGUUACCAGGAAGGCUGGUAAAGCACAACCUCCCCACCCCCAAAGACGACAGCCAGCAAUUUGUGUGUGGAUUGGGGUGCACAGACAGUUAUAGGAAAGUCUUAAAAUAAAAAUUAUAAAGGAAACUCACAAACUUGCGACAUUGAAUGCACUUGAGUGAAGGUAGUGUUGUGUGGGCAAGGAGUUGGUCUUGUAACCUAAAGGUUGCAAAACCUGCAUUGCUUCAGUAUAUGUCCAGCUGUAUAACUGGAUACAAUGUAAAUGCUAGGUAAAAAGUUGUGUAAGUCGCUCUGGAUAAAAGCGUCUGCUAAAUGCCUGUAAUGUAUUGUGACUUUAUCUGCAAAUGCAGAUUCAUCUCUUCACAUGCCUACUUUACAUUUGGGAAUGUCAUAUUGCAAAAUAUACAUGUAGAAACAUGCUGAUUUUCAUAUACAAAGUAUUGGGUAUUUGUGCAAAUGGGAAAACGUAUUCAAAAAUGUCUGUGUAUUUCUGCAAAUUGGUGCACGUUGAUUUAAAUAAUUUGAAAGACACAAGUUGAGAGUGAAACACAUUUGUGACUUAUCUCUUAUUUAUGGAUCCUGAUACAUGAAUUUGUCAAUAAUAUUGAGACUAAUCUCUCUCCAUAAGAGAUCUUCAUGGGUUUACAUGGACCUGAAUACCAAAGGUAGGACCCAAGACCCAAUGGGUUUGGGUCCACUGCUCUGACUAAUCUCUCUGGGUCAGAACUGAAGUAAUGACUUUGGUAACUGCAACUGAAACUAACUUACCCAAGUGGACUUUACCUGUUUUUACACUGUAAUUCUAACUGGCAACAGGCUGCACAUUUUAUUCGUGAGAAAAAGGCAUGCUACUUGCUCAGGAAUGUUGUUAGAGGCGAUAACCCCAGUGCCUUACAUCACAAGCAGACAUAAACAAAAACACUAUUUGGACCAUAUAAUAUUUGAAAUUACAAAUUCAUAGUCAAUGUUAGUAAAAAAUAAAUAACAUUUUUUUGUUGGAAAAUUUACUCUGCAUUUCUCUGCAAGCUCUGUGGAUUGUUCUGUUUUUUAUUGUUUGACUACAUUACAGUCAUGAAUAAAUGUUCUGAAUAAUUAUCAUAUUUUUUUCGGGAUGUUUCUAUUAAGUUGGCAUUUCAGUCCAAAGACCUUUUUAGUACAUUCAACCAGUAAGGUAGAGGUUGAACUUACAUAUGUGUGGACACCCCGAAGUUGAUUCAGUGUAUAUGGUGGUCUUCACCUGGAAAUCAGUUGGUCCAUUUCACUGAUCAUUAAAAAGACAGCUGUUGGGCACAUAUGCAAAAUAAUACGAACGUAUAAAAAGUGAGCUAUAAGAAAAUAAGAUGUAAAGACACUUCAGGUUGAUUGCUGUGUAGCUUCAUUUUGUAAAAUGCAACAUCGUAUUACAAGUUUUUAAGUACUGUUUUGCACUUGUUCAGGGCAACUUGAAUGCAUUGUACAGCUGUGGUUGUGUAUCACCUGAUGUGCAGCAGAUCUCCUUUAACCAAGUAAUUCAUUGUGUCAUUUAGAAAUAAUGGGCUUAAGAAAGUGACAACAUAGAGAGAGCUGGCUGCUUUAAAAGAAGCAUUAUUGAAAAGGAAGCCUUUUUGGAUUUUGGUGUUACUAUCAAUGUCACCAUUUCGGUUGAAUGAGGAGUUGGACAUUAUUGUUUUGAUUGGACUUGAUCUUUAGAAUUGGUGAACUUUGAUCACUUGUAGGUCUAUAUUUAUUGUUGUUCGAACAAAUAUAUUUUCUAUGGAGUGUUGAUAUUAGAUAGAAUAAAUGCUCCUUUAUUUAGCAGGGCGAUAUGUCAUAUACAUUGCACUGUUAUGCGUUGUGCCAGUGGAUGGCAUUCUGUAAGCAUUUGUCCUUAAUUUUGACUAACAGCCAAACACUAUAAUUAUUGUUAUUCACGGAUUGGCAAGUUCAGAAAUCACACGAUAUCCCAUAAUGACAAAGCAAACAGGUUUUUAGAAAUCUUUGCAAAUUUAUUAAAAAUAAAAAACUGAAAUAUCACAUUUACAUAAGUAUUCACACCCUUUAUUGAGUACUUUGUUGAGGCACCUUUGGUAGCCUCACACCAGUUUGGCACACCUGUAUUUGGAGUAUUUCUCCCAUUCUUCUCUGCAGAUCCUCUCAAGCUCUGUCAGGUUGGAUGGGGAGCGUUGCUGCACAGCAAUUUUCAGGCCUCUUCAGAGAUGUUUGAUCGGGUUCAAGUCCGGGCUCUGGCUGGGCCACUCGAGGACAUUCACAGACUUGUCCCAAAGCCACUCCUGCGUUGUCUUGGCUGUGUACUUAGGGUCAUUAUCCUGUUGGAAGGUGAGCCUUUGCCCCAGUCUGAGGUCCUGAGCUCUCUGGCGCAGGUUUUCAUCAAGGAUCUCUGUACUUUGCUCCGUUCAUCUUUCCCUCGAUCCCGACUAGUCUCCCAAUUCCUGCCACUGAAAAACAUCCUCACAGCGUAGUGCUGCCACCACCAUGCUUCACCAUAGGGAUGGUAUUAGCCAGGUGAUGAGCGGUGCUUGGUUUCCUCCAGAUGUGACGCUUGGCAUGACGCGUGGCCGAAGAGUUCAAUCUUGGUUUCAUCAGACCAGAGAAUCUUGUUUCUAAUGGUCUGAGAGUCCUUUAGUUGCCUUUUGGCAAGCUCCAAGUGGGCUGUUCUGUGCCUUUUAUAGAGGAGUAGCUUCUAUCUGGCCACUCUACCAUAAAGGCCUGAUUGGUGAAGUGCUGCAGAGAUGGUUGUCUUUCUGGAAGGUUCUCCCAUCUCCACAGAGGAACUCUGGAGCUCUGUCAGGGUGGCCUCCCUGAUCAAAGCCCUUCUGCCCCAAUUGCUCAGCAGAAAUUUUUUUGUACCCUUCCCCAAAUCUGUACUUCAACACAAUCCUGUCUCAGAAGUCUACGAACAAUUCCUUCGACUUCAUGGCUUGGUUUUUGCUCUGACAUGCACUGUCAACUGUGGGACCUUAUAUAGACAGGUGUAUGCCUUUCCAAAUCAUGUCCAAUCAAUUGAAUUUACCACAGGUGGAUUUCAAUUUGUCAGCAGCCAUACCACCAUGCACCCUGCUCCUACCAAAUGGGUGAAGCUAAGCAAGUGUGGGCUUGGUUAGUACUUGGAUGGGAGACCACCAGGGAAUACUGAGUUGCUACUGAAAGUGGUGUUGGUGGGCCUGCAGGGCCAAAUAACCCCCAAUGCCCCAGUGCAGUGACAGGGACACUGUACUGUAGGAGAUGGUGUCUUUCGUAUGAGACGUUAAACUGAGGUCCUGACAAGCUUUGGUCAUUAAAGAUCUCAUGACACUUGUCGCAAAGAGUAGGGGGUUCCCUGGUGUCCUGGCUAAAUUCUCAAUCUGGCUCUCUCCAAAUUGCCACCUAAUCAUCCCUUGAUUUAAUUGGCUAAAAAAUGUUCUCUCCCUCUCCACAUUAGGUGAGCGUUCUGGCACAAAAUGGCUGCCGUGCAUCACCCAAGUGGGUGCUGCACAUUGGUGGUGGGUGAAGUGAGUUCCCACUCAUCACUGUAAAGCACUUUGAGCGUUCAGAAAAGUGCUGUAUAAGUGCAAUGAUUCAUUCAUUCAAUCAGUCAAGUUGUAAAAACAUCUGAAGUAUGAUCAAUGGAAACAGGAUGCACCAAUUUUGAGUGUCAUAGCAAAGGGUCUGAAUAUAAUGUAAAUGUGAUAUUUCAGUUUUUCAUUUUUAAUAAAUUAGCAAAAAUUUGGUGUCAUUAUGGUGUAUUGUGUAGGUUGAUGAGGAUAAAAAUGAAUUUAAUCAAUUUUAGAAUAAGGCUGUACAAAAUGUGGAAAAAGUGAAGGGGUCUGAAUACUUUCCGAAGGCACUGUAUAAAGGCAGCUGUUGGUUGAAUCAUUGCUAUUGUUCAGUUCAUAACUUUGUGUUGUAAUUAUUUCAUUCACAGAUGUUUCAGUAAUUGGGGAAAAAUACACAUUAGAGACAGUCCAUACCAAUGCCUAGCAGGAGAUUUGCUGCAAAUCAGUUGAUACCCUACUCCAGGUGUACACUGCAUUCAAGUUUACAUAAACCUACAGUACUUCGGAGAGUACUAUGUCUGUUUUAGUUUUGGAAGCGGCACUGUAGUAUAAUGGGUAAGGAACUGGGCUUUUAACCCAAAGGUUAAAUGUAAAGGGGCCCAGGUUUGAUUCUUAGGUAGAACACUGCCGUUGUACCCUUGAGAAACGUACUUACCCUGCAUUGCUUCAGUAUAUGUCCCGCUGUAUAAAUGGAUCCAAUGUAAUUGCAUGUAAAAGUUGUGUAAGUCGCUCUGGAUAAAUGCCUGUAAUGUAAUGUAAUGGCUGCCUGCCAACUGUUUGGUGAAAUGGAUCUUUUGACUUCCAGGUGAAGAUUAUCAACUGAAUCAACUUAAUUGUGCUCAAGUUGGACCUUUAUAUUGCUGGUUGAAUGUCUUUAGACAUCUAAAAAUCAUGUAUUUGAAUAUGGUGUUUAUUCUGAACAUUUCUUUAUGUUGGGGGAUUUCUUUUACCAGCCUUCUGUUAAAAAAGAAAAAAAAAAAAAAAAGAAAACCAUGUAGGCUGACCUUCUGAAAAUAGUAUGAAGUAAUAAAGACUAUUUUAUAGCAUAAUAAGACCUAAUUUUUUAUUUCGCAAAUUCAU